AUGUUUUUUGCACUUGUUAUAAAUAGCCUUUCAACUAAAGUUAUUUUGAAAAAUGCAACUCCGAUCUCAUUUGCUGGUCAGCUUAAAAGGCCACAAGUAAUGCCAGUUCCUGAUAAAGAGAGAACAGUUUUAUCACAACCAGAAGAAAAUUGGGAAUCUGCUUUUAAGGAUCGUAUUGAUUACACAGGAGGCAGAAAAUUCUCACAAGCAGUUUACCGUGUACCAAAGCAGUCAACAACACCAAGGUUUUAUUCUGUUGAGGCUAACAAGGCUCCAAAGCUUCAAAGACCAGUUCCAAACUGGGGUUCAAGAGGAUCCGAUCAUGCUGAUUCUGGUUGCGGUGGCCAUGGAGGCUAUUGCUAA